UCGGGUUCUGCGGUCGACAAGAAACCGGGGCGACCCUCAGCAAGUCUUCCCCGUGCAGGCUGGGGGCAACUGAAGGGGACGGGACGGGUGAGUAGGCCGAGGGGCCAGGACAGAGAGGGCAGCGGGCUCCGAGGACCCGCGAGUGCGCGUGGAGGGAAGAGAGGAUGCGGCUCAGGGAAUCCCUGCAAGGAUCUCGAGACCGGGAAAUCGGCCCGAGCCAAAGUCUCAGCACCUUCCCCAGGAUCUCACAAAGUUGCAACAACAAAAAGGAGGGGGGAGGAAUAGGGGGAAGGGGGUGGGAUGGGGAUACAAUCGCGGGCGCAAGGUUUGGAGUUACAACUGUUUAUUUAGUCCUUAUUCUCACAGGGGGCGGGAGCUGCGCGGGAAUGGUGGGGGCUGCAGGCAGAGAUUUAGAAGCAAACACUUGGGAGGGGGCAUGCGACUUUGUUUCUGGGCACGGAGCUCCCCGGCGCCCGCGUGUGUCACUGCCAGUCUCCCGGGACCAAGGCGGAGCUCACAACAGGUGGGGAGGGGGGCUCGUCCAGGGCCAAAAAAGAGAAGGAAUCUUAAGUUUCCGAGCGCGACGUUGUCUGAAUAGGAGGGAGGCGGGAGGCGGGGGCGAGGGGAGGCGGAGGCAGCAAAUGACCGCGACCCCGCCGCAACUGGCAAACUCCUCGGCACCCGGCGCCACCACCACCGCUGUGGUCCCCAACCGAAGCGCACGCCGCCUCGGCUCGCAGGCUCCGGGGAAUCGUCUCCGCGGGACAGGAAUAGAGCGAGGGGAGCUCGGGAGGAAGGCAAAGCGCAAGCGAGGGACGGAGAGCCAUCGGCCGCCAGGACUGGGCUGGAGGGACCAGGCUACAGGCACGCGUCGCAGGACAGAUCGGAGCUUGGGAAAUGCCCCGUUACCCAAUCUUCAGAGGGGGAUAAAAUCAGAAAAUGUGUGUGAUGGAAGGAGAGGAAUCCGGUGCGGCGACUACUCGCAGCGCAUCCGGCUCCCGCACCCACCCGUGGAUCUGGCCAUGGCUGUUGCGGACGCGUCUCGGGAAACCGGGGACCGAGCGCGAGUGGGGGUGCGUGUCUGGCUGGGGGUGCGCAGUGGCGGAAACAAGACAGGAGGCGGCUUGGGAAAAAGUGGAGCAGAAAUGGAAAAAUACAAACUCACCCGCUGCAAAUGGUCUCUCGGUGCAAACUAAGGUGUUUUCGGGCCUUUCCCCGCGCGCGCCCACUCCCGCCCGCGCGCGCACCCCGGGCACACACUCACUCGCGCACACACGCGCGCACACACGCACUCCCGGGCGAGGGCCGGGCCGCCGCGAGUACAGCGUGCAACCGCCACACAAUAAAUAACAAUAGAUUCCUCCGCUCCGGACUAGCUUCCCGGAGCCCAGCCAGCGCCGGUGGCGGCGGCGGCGGCGGUGGCAGCGGCGCGGGUAGCACCGGCCGGGGGCGCCCCUCGGCCCGACCCCCGGCCUCCCGCUGGGAUCCCCCCUCCGCCUCACGCACCCCGCCAAACACCCCAGCGGCCCCCCCGAGCGCGAGCGGUCCCCUCUUUGCCGUUGGCCGGGGCGCUGGCGCCCACCCCCUCCCCCCGCGACAUCCCGGAACAAAUAAAUAAAUAAGGCGCGCGAGAGAGGCCAACACGUCGCGGAGGGAGAUGUUGUUAUUUUUUGCUGUUGUGCGUCCCUGACGUCACAUCCACCUGCUGGGUAAACAACCGGGCUCCCAGAAAAAAAAAAAAAAAAUCGCAAUUGCCAAAGAAUGGGGCGGGGGGACUGGGGGGAGGGAUCCAGGGAGGGGGAAGAGAGGGGCGUCCAGGCUGGAUUGGGAGGAGGAGAGGGAGGCAGAGCCCCGCGGACCAGAGAGAGGAAGGGAACGCCUGAGCAGUCCCUGGCAACAGAGGGAUCUGGCAGGAAAGACCUGGAAAAUAAGGGGCUUGGGGGUGUGGGGGGGAUUCCUCAGGAGAUGGGAAAAGGGGGCCCAUUCAGACAGCGGAAAGAACGAGAAGGGAGAGUGUUAACAACUAGGGACGAAGAUGGGAAUGCGAUGGCUAUUUGGUUGGAUUCUGAGCUAAAAAUAUGAAAGGGAGGGGAGAGGACAGGCUAGGAUGUGAGUUUCCUCCAGUUAAAAGUGAAAGUGUUUUGCCAUCAGUGACAGUUGAAGGAGAGGGAGGUGGGAGGUAGUGUUUUCAACCCCCUUUCUCCUUCUCUCCCGUCCUCCCUCGGUCUCUCCUCUUUCUUUCUGCACUUUGUCCAAUGAAAGAAGGCGAGUUCGGGAGGUGAAAGUUCAGCAGAAGGACAAACCUCUGUUUGCAAGGAAACAGAAACCCCGCCAGCCAGCGAGGGGUUUGCUCCCCUGUUUCUCGGAAUCAGGAGAGUGUGAAUGUGGGACGAGCUUCUGCCCCUUCCUCGUCAGUCACUGCAGGAAUGUGCAGUGGAGUCCACUUUGUGGGAAAGUGGCUGCAUCAGGAACCGUGUUCUUGCCAUGGCUCCUCUUAGGAAAACGCCUGGGGGCUAGCAUGUCAGUCCGUUGUUUAACACAAAUUACCUGCUCUCCCAGUGAUCAGUCACGUGCAAAAAGCUUUGUCCAAUUCUUUGAUAAGGUGAGAUUUUUUUUCUUUUUGCGGUUUUGAAGUUUGAAUUUAGAAAUUCGAAGGAAUAAAUUAGGAUCCUGACUGAAAUGUUUUGAAAUAUAUAUACAUAAAACAAAAGACACUAGUAUUGCUUUCUCUUUUAUCAAUACAAAUAGAGAAGGAAGCGGAGUAUUUGUUUCCAAAACGUGAUUUGGAAAGCUGUAAGACCUCUAUGCCUUUUUGUUGCUAAUAGAAAUAAAUUUUUUCAGACCCAUCACCUCAGAAGAGGCCAGACUCCCAAACCAGUAUUUCCAGCUACUGGCUGGAUGGUGUACACCAGGCCAAUUCUUCAUGAGAAUAUAUUAAAAGUCAGCCCUGUGGAUUCCUACAAAGUACUUCCUGUUGCGGGGAGGGGAGAGGCUUACUGUCCCUUUGGUCUUGAGACCAGCACAGUUGUAGAUAAUAUCCUGAAAAGGUGAUUAUAAAUUCUUUUGGAUAAUGCCCCUUUACAAAUACUGUUAAACAUUCAUUUACGGAAGAAUUUAAAUCUCAAUUUCAAGGGUAGCAUAAGACUAUCACUUUAAAACUGUAUCUAUUUUCACAAGUUUUGAAAAAAAUAACAAAGCCAUUCGCUGAUGCUACAGAAUACAGCCAGAGAAAGGGAGGCUGUUAAGGUAAUUCCAGCCUGGGAGAAUUCACGUUGCAUGCAUGCUGCACAAAGUUCCAUGCUAUCCAGACAAGACUUUCCACUGAAUCUUUGAGACUAAAAUCUAGACAAAUAAAAGGCAUUUUAGCUUGUGUAGAAUGUCCUAGCUUCCUAGAGACUAGGGUUCAGUGUCUUGUUUGUUAAGACAUAAAGACAUUAAUGACAUACCUCUUGUGUUCUAGACCACAGAGUGGGCACAGAGGGAAUAAAAAAAUAAAUUCCUGCCCUUGAGGAGCUCGCAGUCUACAGCUGUCAGUGAUGACAUCUAACAUUUAUUAAAUGCUUACUGUGACCUAGGCACUGAUCUAAAAGCUUUGUGUCAACUCAGUUAAUAGUGCCAACAACCUUUGACAUCACUGGAAAUUCCAUAUGCUGAAUUCACAUGAAACUAAAUGGGAAUCUACAAAGUAACCAGUCUACUGGGUCUGUAGUAGUCAACCUAUUAAAAAUGGCUUUUAAUUUCUAAAGUAUUUUAUGCCAAAUAUAACAUGUUUAUGGUAUAUGACUGAUUGCAGAAUUAUAACUCAGGGGAAUAACAAGUUACUUAAAUGUGGACAGAUCUGUUCAUAGUCUGUAAAGAACAAUUCAUCCUCUGAUCUUGUUUUUCAGAUUAAGCAGUGUGUUUAUUAAAAAUUAUUAUCAUUGCCAUACUAAAAAGAUCUUUACAUUGUUGCUAAUCUUAUUCUGCAUUUUAACUGCCUUAAAUUCUACCUUCUCUUGCAAGGAGGGGCCAAAGUCAGGUUAGCAACAAGUUUUGCAGACAAAAGGAAAUCCUGGUUGUAAAUUCCAUGAUAUAUUGUACUCAGUUUUGUAUAUGAUACUGUUUAAUGUGCUGCCUUAUUAAAGAACUCGAUGUCCAUUUGGUUUACAUUAGAAGGAAAUUUAA